AUGGUAAUGGUGACGAUAACGGUGACGGUGACGGUUAUAGUGACAGUAAAGGUUACAAUCUUGGUAACGGUCACGAUAAUGGUUAGGGUGACGGUAAUGGUAACAAUAAUGAUAACGGUGACGGUGACCGUAACCAUAAUGGUAACGGUGACUGUGAUGGUGACAGUAAUGGUAAUGGUGAUAGUGAUAGUGACGGUGAUGGUGACGGUAACGGUAACGGUGAUGAUAACAGUGAUGGUAAUGGUUACGGUAACGAUAACAAUGACGGUAAUGGUUAUAGUGAUGGUAAAGGCAAUUAUUCCAAUACUGUUUGUUAGGUCUCAAAGCGUGUCGAUUGAGGUUUGCAUCAGUCAUGGUCAAGGUAACGGUAACGAUGAUGGUAACACUAGCGAAAACGGUACUGGUGACGAUAUUGGUGACGAUAAUGGUGACGGUGAUGGUAACGGUGAUGAUUACGGUGAUAGUCAUGGUAACAGUGACGUUGAUGGUAACAGUAUCGAUGACUAUAACGGUGUCAGUAAUUGUGACAGUAACGGUAAAGGUAAUGGUAAUGGUUAUGGUAACGAUGACAGUAAUAAUGAUACUAACGGUCACGGUAACAGUGACGGUGACGGUGAUGGUAAUUGUGAUGCUAAUGAUGACAGUAACAAUGAUAGUAACGGUUACGGUGAUGGUCACGGUAACAGUAACAGUAAUGGUAAUUGUUACGAUGACAGUAACAGAGACGGUAAAGGUGAUGGAAACGGAGAUGGUAAGGGUAACAAUGACGAUAAGAGUGAUGGUGACGAUAAUGGUUAUAGUAACGAUUACAAUAAAGGUUACGGUCACGAUAACGAUAAUGGUAAUGGUUAUGGUGAUAGUUACACUGACGAUAACAGUAAUGGUAACAAAACAAUAACGGUAACACUGACGGUGACUGUAACGGUGACAGUCAUGGUAAUGGUGACGGUAACGAUCACUGUAUCAGUAACAGUCAUAGUAAUGAUGAGAGUAACGGUAACAGUGACGGUAAUGGUAACAGUGACAGUAACAGUUAUGGUAACAAUUACGGUGAUGGUGACUUUAAUGAUCAUAAUAACGGUGAUGAUAAUAGUAAUGGUAAUGGUAACGAUAACGAUAACUGUUGACGGUCAUGAUGAUGGUCACGAUGAUGGUAAUAGGAAUAGUGACGGUAACGAUAAUGGUAACGGUGAUAGUAACGGUAACAAUAACGUUUAUAGUGACGGUAAUGGUAACUAUCUCGUUAAUGGUCAUAGUAACUGUUAUGGUGACGGAAAUGAUAACGGUAACGGUAGCGGUGACAGUGACGGUAACAAUAAUGGUGACGAUUAUCGUAACGAUAAUAGUAACGGUGAUGGUGCCGAUGACAAUAAUGGUAAUCGUGACAGUAAGAGUGACGUUAACUAUUAUGGUGAUGGUAACUGCAAUGGUAAUAAUGACGGUGAGAGUAAUGGUAAUUCUAAAGGUGACGGUUACGGUGACAGUAACGGUAACGAUGACGGUGAUGGUGACUGUAGCAGUGAUGGUAAUAGUGACAGUAACGACUAUGGUGAUGGUGGUAGAAGCAGUAACGGUAGUGGUAAUGGUGACGGUCACUGUAACGGUAAUGGUAAUUGUUACAGUGAUAGUAACAAAGACAGUAAAGGUGAUGGAAACGGAGAUGGUAACGGUAACAGUGACGGUAAGAGUGAUGGUGACGAUAACGGUUACAGUAACGGUUAUGGUAACGAUUAUAGUAAAGAUUACGGUCAUGAUAACGUAACGGUGACGGUGACUGUAACGGAAAAGGUGACUAUGACAGUAACGGUCACAGUCACGAUAAUGGUGAUUGUAACAGUCACUGUAUCGGUAACAGUCAUAGUAAUGAUGAGAGUAAUGGUAACGAUGACAAUAACGGUGAUGGUAAUGGUAACGGUGAUGGUGACAGUAAUGGUUAUGGUAACAAUUACGGUGAUGGUGACAGUAACUGUCACGAUAACGGUGAUGAUAACAGUAUCGAAGACAGUAAUAGUAAUGGUAAUGGUAACGAUAACGAUAACGAUAACAAUGUGGGUAAUGAUAACGGGUGACGGUAACGGUAACUGUGACGUUGAUAGUAAUAGUGACGGUAUCGGUGAUAGUAACGGUAACGGUAACGGUGACGGUAACAGUAAUGGUGACUAUGAAGGUGACUGA